UCCGAAGAAAUUACAGUUUAGUUUACAAACUUACAAAACGCAUACAUAACAUCUUAAACUGAGACUGGUGAUAUCAUUUAAGAAUACAUGAAGCAGAGUCCCGAUUUUUCAUUUCUCCUUCCCUCUUUCUUCCCCUCUGCGCGCCCUGAAGCAGCAACCGCGGAGCAGGACUGCAGGAGUCCCCGCCCUUCGGAUUCAUUCAGGAAGCAUCAACCUCCCGGUAACUUGUUCGACGGAAUGCUCCAAGGGGGUGGAGGGCAGGGGCCGCCGGGCGACGGGUCCGGCGGAGGAGUCGGCGCCCGCGACCGCCUCAGCAACCUCCCGGACGAGCUGUGCCACCGCAUCUUCUCCUUCCUGAAGGCGUGGGAGGUGGUCCGCACGAGCGCGCUUUCGGAGGGGUGGCGCUACAUGUGGGAAUCCGCGCCGAGCCUCGACAUCCGCCAUGACGCCAGCGCCGACCGGCUGAGGUGCCACUACCGCCAGUUCGUCCAGGACCUACUGCAAUGGCGGGACCAGGACGUGCCGCUGCUCAAGCUCCGGCUGCGCUGGACGUCCGAUGGCAUGGCCAACACGUGGAUCCGUCGUGCUGUCAGACUCCACGCGAAAGCUAUUGAGCUCUCCGGGAUGCAUCACCGCCGGCGGCCGCACCUGGAUUGCGAGAACUUCUUGUUUGGUAGCCUCAAGAUAUUGCAUCUCAGCCGUGUCUUUAUGGAUACCGACAACCUCAAGCAGCUCUCUUGUAAGUGCGUUUUCUUGGGAGAACUGGUGCUCAAGAACAGUAAGAUAUAUGGCACUGAGAUUCGAUCAGUAUCGCUCAGGCGUUUGACUAUGGUCAGCUGCUUCACCCCUAAAGGCCUCUUGGAGUCUUGGUUGAUGCUCCGGGCCUUGCCUUGCUGUGCUGCAUCAGACUCAGACCUUGCAGUGUUCUUCCUCAGAUCAAGCGUCCGAGGUCACUAGUGACAGCCAGUAUCAUGCUUGAUGACGGCAGUGAAUCUCAUGAUGAUGGUAGCUCUGCAGGAUCUCAUGCCGAGGACCCUGACGGCAGUGGAUCUGAUGAUGAUGGUAGCUCUGCAGGAUCUAAUGAUGUGCACCCCGACCACAUUGUUGAUUGCUAUGGCAGAAAUGGUAUUGUGGUCUAUGGUGGUGAUGGUAUUCUUCGAAGCUUCUAUAACGUGAGAACAAUGAAAUUGCUAGCUCAUCGAGGAGAGGUACAUUUAUGCCAUUGCUGGUUCUACUGAAUAAUCAAUUGAAGACGUGUCCCAUGUUCAAAAACCUGAAGACUGUCGCUUGGUGAAUGGUGUAUAGGUCCUGACUUUGAUGCAUUAUCAACCAUUAUUAUGCAUUCACCCAACUUAGAGAACCUUUAUCUCCACCUCGAUAAGGUCUACGACAACAGAGGUGAGGUCAAUCCAAGCGGAAGAUCAUUUCCUUACAUGCAGCUGAAGAUGGUCAAGAUCAUAUGUUCAAAGGAUGACAUGAUGGCCCGUAGGUUGGCAUAAUUCUUCCACGCCGUUGGCGUUCCACAUAUCAAGAUAGUUUUUGUCCCUCGGAACGGCAAGGGCAGCACAGACUCAGGGGAGAAGCGCAAGGCGCAGGAGGGAGAUGCCGAGAGUUCAGCAAAGCAGAGGAGGGUAUGAAAAAGCCAGGUACCAGAGUGACGGAAAGGGGGUAUUAUAGGAACAAGGUUGAUGCAGUAAUACUGUGAUUGGUGUAGGUGUAGCUGAAUACUGCUUCCAGUUGAAAGGCCAGCUUGCUGCUGUCCCACUAUGUCAGUGGCCGUGGUGCCGGGGUAAAUAUCAAACUCCGAAUGUAGAAAACAGAAUUCUUAAGUGCAUCAGCACCACCUGCUCUCUUAGGUGCAUCAGCAUCACCUGCUUAGUAAGGUGAAAAACGUGCAUGUGUUUGUUGUGUUGCAAUAGAAACAGUCUAUCAAGAUGUACAGUGACUAAAGCUUGUGGUGUCCUCUUCUAUAUCAGUAUAAAUGGAUUGAUUCGCUCAAUGAGCCUGUUGCUGCUAUCUGACCUGAUUUCUGAAUGCUGUUGAUGUUUCUGAAUUGUAACUAUGUAGGAUGGUCGGUGACCUGAGUUUCCUAAAGUUUAAUAAACAUACAUCAAAGAUGCUUUUAGUU